CAGCCCCUCUCAAGGCUACACCUGGAUGCACUGUGGCCACUUCAAGCCCCCUUCCGUUCCAAAGAUGAAGCAGAUGGGCUGCGGCCCCCGGCCCCCCUACCGAAGCCCCCGGGUCCCCUUCUCUGCCUCUCAGCUGGGGAUCCUGGAGAGCAGCUUCCAGCAAACGCAUUAUCUGAACACUGAGCAGAUGAAGGAGGUGGCUCUGCUGCUGGGCCUGACGGAGAACCGGGUGAAGAUUUGGUUCCAGAACCGGAGAGCCCGAGAAAGGCGGGACUUCAUGAAGCAGCACGGCGUUGCCCCUGCCACUCCCAGCGCCAAGGAGAGCCCUCUGCAAGGCCACCCCCCAUUAGGUUGGCACUAACACCAUGGGGCAGGCAGGGUGGACAGGGAGGAGGGAAAUUGGGGUCAGGCAGUUUCCAAACCCACCCCAAAACCCCUGCUGCCUGAUCCAGAAGGUUUGGACUACAACUCCCAUCAGUCCUUGUCCGCACUGAUGGGAACGGUAGUCAAAAACACCCAAGGGCACCAGAUUGGGGCAUAGCUGUCAACUGUCCCUUAUUAGGCGGGAAAGUCCCUUCUCCCAGCGCCAUGUCCCGCUGCUGUCCCUUAUUGAUGAUGUCCCUUAAA